AUGGCUUCAAAUAAACAGAAUGUUUCAUCAACAGUUGAAAGUGGUGCUUCUGCUCCCACUCCUCCUGCAAAAAAUUCUUGUGAAAUGAAAACUGAUCCAACAUGGAAGUAUUGUGUUUUACUUGACCCAAUUUCUAGAAGAGUCAAGUGUAAAUUCUGUGAGGGUGAAGUUAUAGGAGGUGUUUAUCAUUUGCAGCAUCAUUUGGCCGGAACCAGAAACAAUGUUAAGCCAUAUUUAGCUGUUCCAGAUGACGUCAAGAGUAAAAUAUUGGAUAAGAUUUACAAAUUACAAACGAAGUUGCUGCAAAAAUCACAAGAAAUUAGCAUUGAAGGUGGUAGUGUUGUUGCCAAUGAUGAUCUUGAAGUUGUUGGUUGUUCAAGUGGAAAAAGGAAAAGUCAGAUGGAAAUAACACCUAAGGAUAUGUUCAAAAGAGGAAUCACCAGUACACUAAAACAGACCACAAUCAACGGUAACUAUAAGCAGAAUUUGAGGGAUGAGGCAUGUAAGGAUAUUGCUUUUUUUUUUUACAAUAAUUCUAUUCCAUUUAAUGUUGCAAGGUCUGAAGAAUUUCAAAAAAUGUUUGAAUCUGCUAUAAAACACGGUAUAGGAUUUAAGCCACCAUCCUAUCAUGAGAUUAGAGUGAAGUAUUUAGAUUAUUAUUAUGGUCAGAUUAGCAAAGAUUUAGAGGGGCAUAGGGCUGUUUGGAGGAAGUUAGGAUGCACCAUAAUGAGAGUUGGUUGGACCGAUAGGAGGAGAAGGACUAUACUGAAUUUUCUGAUGAUAAAUGAUAUUGUUGAAGAGGUUGGAGAAGAAAAUGUUAUACAAGUUGUUACCGACAAUGCUGCAAAUUACAAAGUAGCAGGGGAAUUGUUGAUGGAAAAGAGAAACACGUUGUAUUGGACACCAUGUGUUGCCCAUUGCAUUGACUUGAUGUUGAGAUAUUUUGAGAAGAAAAUAUCUCUCCACAAAGAUACAAUUUCUAGGGAUAAAAAGAUCACAACUUAA